AUGGAGAAGAAGUACGAAAACUUCUGCAGGAGCGCCGUCAAGGUCUUGGCGUGGUGCUCGUGCGCCUUCAACGUAUUCGGAGGCGGGGAGCAAGAGGCCGACUUCGCCCACGUGUCGAGGGUGUUUGGCCGGAUGCUGUCCGCAAGGCGUUACGUUGACGUGGUGGCGACGGAUGUCGCCGCUGGCCUCAUACUUCUCCGUCACGUGCAGAAGGCUGAGGACUACAAGCGGAGGGACAAGCUGAGGGGAGGCUCCGGCAAGGCCUCCUUCUCCACACCGGUCACCACCGAACCCAGCCACACCGAUGUUGUCGGCAGCGACGCCCCCCGCAGCGCUAACGCGACGCCAUCUUCUUCUUCGAGAGGGACGGCCGCUGCCGAGCGUAGCACCGCUGCCGACGCGUACCAGGGGGGCGAGGGGACGUCGAUGGAAGGGUCCGGGCUUGUUGGUAAGGCGGGGGGCGGGGGUGGCGGGGGGCGGCGGAGGCGAAGGAGGCUUCCGGGCAGGGUGCCGUUGAGCGAGCGUUCGCAGGAGCAUCGAAAGUACUAUAAGGUUUCGCCAGACGAGAGCGUGUUGGACUUGACGGAUGGCGGCGAGGACUGGCGAGUGUUGCAGGAUGUGGCGCACUUCAUCAGCUACGCCAACGUCAUGUACAGCGUGUGGGGGACGUUGAUCAUCGACCCGUGGUCCGGGCUCCGGCGAAUCAUCAGGAGGAGCGGGAGCUGGUGCCCAAAGUUCAUCAGCAGAAGGGGCGCAAGACACCGAGAAAGCCUGUUCCGCGCAGACAGCUCCACCUCGCGCCUAACCACCGGAAGAAGCAGCAGCGCCGGUAGCCUCAAGAGCAGCAGCAAGCACAGCAGCAGCAGGGUCGGCGGCAGAGGGAUAGGGAGGGGGACUCGUAGCAUUUCCUACGUCCAGGCGGAUGGAGGGGGCGACGCCAACGAUAAUGCGGAGCGGGGUGCGGGGGCGGCCGGGCUGCCGAGCCUUUGUGAGGCGGAGAUUAGGGGGGACAACUGGUGGGGCUCGCACGAGACCGCCCUUCGGUCCGAGCUGCCGGACGGAGCCGAGCUAGUGCUGGCGCACUUCAACAACUGCCUGGACGAGACACCGUACUGCGUCGUGGUCGACCACACGUGGCAGAGCAUCAUCAUCACCAUCAGAGGGACGCACUCCUUCGAGGACUUUCUGGUGGACGCGAUGGCCGAGCCGCAGUCUUUGGAGAACGCGGGACUCGAGUGGGGAUUCGACGGCAGGAAUAUGCAUGCCCACCAGGGCAUCCUACGCCGCGCGGAGUGGAUUCGCAGGGACCUCGAGACCAGCGGCGUGUUGCACCUCCUGCUCGGCACCGCUCCCACCGGCGGCGGCGGUCCGGCGGGAGGGGAGGGCCGCGGCGGCAGCGGCAGGUGGGAGAAAGGAACCUCAAUGAGGACGCGAGACGGGGUCAGGUUCUCCUCGCUGGCGCCCCUGGCGUCUGCCAUCGGGGGGUCGGGGUUCUGCUCUGGGUACACGGUUCGAGCAGUGGGGCACUCGCUCGGUGGAGGGGUAGCGGCUCUGCUGGCGCUGUUGAUGAAGCCGGUCUACCCCGGGGUCAAGGCGCUUGCCGCGACGGAGACGAUGGUGACGUCAGUGGUCCUCAACGACGAUGUGGUGCCAAGAAUGUCGGCCCAGUCAAUCGAGCUGCUGGCGGACCAGGGGCUCCAAAUUAUCGGCCGCAGCCGCGUGAGCAAGCUGUUCGGGAUGCGCUCUCUCCUCCUCACGGAAAAAAAAGCGCACCGCCCUGAGCGCUACCUGGAGGUGCCUGACGAGCCAGCAGCGGAAGGACUGGAGGGGGUUAUGCAGAACGCGGAAAAAGCCGCGGAGGGGGUACAAGAGCAGCUGGCGGUGCCCCUGGUUGGGGGCCGCAGGCCGAGCGAAACCCCGAGGAUGGAAGCAGGCGGGUUUGGUGAUAGCGAGAGGAGGGUGUCUACGGGGAAGGGGGAGGGAGGGGGUGCUCGUGUAAGCGGCGGGGACGAGGAGGGGGUGGGCGACGAGGAGUUGAGAUAUCACCGGCAGCUGCGCCGGUACCGAGAGCACCUUCAGCAAGAGAGGGGCUCUCGCCAGCACCUCCAUCGCCUACGGCUGCCGGGGCGAAUACUGCACCUCGUCAACACCGACUUCGUCACCGAAAAGGUGAUGACGGAGGCGUGCGAGAACGGGUGCCUGUGGUCCUGCUGCAGCGCCUUCUCCCCCCUCCGUACAGAGGAUGAGGUGAGCGCCUGCUGCUGCACUCCUGGCAUCGGCGAGCGCAGGAAGCGGGUGUUCACCCCCGUGUGGUCUUCGCCCAACGACCUGGGCGAGAUACGGGUGACCCCGGCUUUCCUGGUGGACCACAGCCCGGACGAGAUCCUCAAGGCCGUGGACGAGACCGUCAGGGACUUCGGGAUCGACACGUGACGACGGCGGCGUGCCACAGCCUUUGCCGCGCAGCGAUGAUCGUGGAGACCACACGACGCUUCGCGACCCAUACCCACCCACCCCUUCCGCCCCUUCCACGUCACGACGGAGAACUAGAGAGCGCAAUGAUGUCUAGAGAGUAAGCAGCGCGACGAAGAGCAUGGUGAUGUUCAAAUUAUUGCGUGGCUAACGAUGGUCGCCCGCCGAAGCGUGCUGCGAUAUUUCCGUAAUCUCUGGCAGUGUGAUGCUUGGAGGUUUGUGACACGCGUGUGCUAACAAGCUUUUCGUAACGUAUGCGUAGCGGCUUGGGGUUUGGUGCAUCCUGAUACGCCGGCCUUGGGCUUUCGCCCGGUGCCUGUGUCCGAGGUGUCGAUCUCAACGUUCCAGACGAGAUAGUGGACACUGGUGAAGGUGCAGGUCAAGGCUGAGCACACGCGAUCCUGUUUUGCUGUAGCUCUCCUCGGGGCCAAAUUCUCCGACACGCCUCUUGUGCGGUGAAUUAGGUAUCCGCAACGCAUCUGGCGGUGAUGGGCAUGCAAUGAAUCCGAGGGGGGGGUGUCACGAACGAACAUCCCUGUUUGCUGAGUUGGAGCCGAGACGGUGGGUCUCAUUGGCAUUGUCUUUUUGCCGUACACAGCGUGGGUUUGCUGCAAGAUCUUGCAGCGUUCGCCUCGACAUGUUUGCUUGGAAGUGCUCGCGCGUUGGCGUUCGCCCUCUUGCACUAGGGGUAACGAACGAGAGGCGUUUAGGCCCACCGGUGGAUGCGGAAUGGAUACUGUAGUAACUAAUAUUCCUGGAAAAUUCUGGGGUUAUAGGGGGUAGCAUUGCUGAGAAUACGCGCAGGGAGUGAACAUGCCGGCGGCGUCCCGCACGCACACCUACGGCUGUUCGUCGCAUAUGAAUGUUAUCUUACACUUGCAUGUAUAUUUUCAGCCAACCAACGGAGGUACGACUUCGUUAUGUAUCACUGGGCUAGGCUUGGUUGGUGCCUGUAGAUUGGCCCCGACAACGUGUGUAGUGGUGGCCUCUGUCCGGAGAAAACGAGUGGCCGUGCUCAGCUCCAAGCACGCGUUAGGAAGUAGUGAGUGUGUGAGUGGUACCCCACUCCCAGCGCCGCAUACCUUGUUUUGUCUCGGUAGCCAGGAGUUGCAGUAUCUUCGAUUGUUUGUUAUGGCUUGGAUUAGUUUUGGUGGGUGAUAGUGGUGUGGAAUCUCUGCUUGCUGGCUUCACUGUCGGGUAGCAACCCCGAAAGUUUGAGUUUCCCGCGUCCGAAGAGACAACGGAACACGAGUACCGUGUAGACUUGUUUAGUUCG